AUGAAGCUGCAAUGCUUUACAAAGUACAGAGUCAGCAAGAAACUUCUAAAGGGCUGUGCCAUCCUUCUCUUUCUGUGCGUGCUCGUCUUUUUAUUACAAAACAACGACCUGCUGCAGGAACAUUGUAAAGAAAUCUCCAUCAUCCUCAAAAAAGUGAACGCUGCUUCUUCCUCUGGUCAUCCUAUUCCUCAUGACCUCUGCACCUUCAAGCCAUUGUCUCCUGCAGACGCUAAGGAGGAACGUCUCUUAUUAGACUCCAUCGCCUGGCCUGAAACUCCUUUAGUUCCUCUAUCAUUGAUUCAGAUGAGUGAUUCUGCUCACAGCAGCUUCACCAUUCUCCCAGGGAGGGAUGGAAGAGAGUGGCAUGUAGGAGAUCAGCUGGAGGUUAUGAUACAAAUGCGUGACUUCAAAGGUAACCCCAAGAAGUAUGGAGGAGAUUUCUUAAUCGCACAGUUGAACAACUGGAAACUUGACGCAGGUGUGGCUGGGCGAGUGGUGGAUCACCUGAAUGGCUCCUACUCUGCUUUUUUCACUCUACCCUGGCAAGGAAGAGCACGGGUUGAGGUAACGCUUGUUCACCCAAGCGAGGCUGUCACAGUUCUUCACAGACUCUCCAGAGAACAGCCUUACCGGGUUUUCUUCAAAAGCAUCUUCCGCUCAGGCUCCAUCUCUGAAAGCACCAUCUGUAAUGUUUGCCUGCGUCAAACCAACCAGACACUGUGCAACUUCACCGACCUCCGUACGGGUGAGCCUUGGUUCUGCUACAAGCCGGAGAAGCUGAGCUGUGAUGCCAGGGUUAGCCACAGUUCAGCAGGAUUCAAGAAAACACUCACGGACGAUGAAGAGAGGCUCUUCCAAAAGAAUGUCAAUAUGAAAGUCUCCAUUCCAGCUUCAGGACUUUUCAGUGUUGUGGUGUUGCCACAAAGGAAAGGACAACUCAAAGUCAAUCAACGCAGCAGGAAGUCUGAACCCUCUGGGUAUUACUACAAGGGAGCGUGGCGAUCACUAGAUGGAACUAAAGUUCACCAAUUCAGCAACGCCUCUGCCAUCAGUGAUUGUCUGAGAGACAAAAAGGUCCACUUGUAUGGAGACUCCACCAUCAGACAGUGGUUUGAGUACCUUGAUGUUUUACUACCAGAUGCUAAGAAAGUAAACGUGAGUAGUGUGAAGCGAACAGGACCUUUCAUGAUGUGGGACGAUGAAAAGAAGAUCUUGGUGACGUACCGCUGCCAUGGUCCUCCUCUUAGUUCUUACUACGUCUCAGCCAGUCAGCUGCAUUACAUCGCCAAUGAACUAGAUGAGCUAGUUGGCGGCACAGACACUGUUGUAGCUUUUGAUAUCUGGGCCCACUUCUGCCCUUUCCCUAUGGAGCUCUACAUCAGACGGCUCCAGAGCAUCCGCAGGGCGGUGAUCCGGCUGUUGAAUCGGGCUCCAGGCACGCUGGUGGUCAUCAGGACUGCAAACCUCAGAGAAAUGACACCUUACGUGGCAUUAAUCGGCAGUGACUGGUUCUCGUUUCAGCGGGAUAAGGUGCUCAGAGCAGCGUUCAAAGGACUUAAUGUGAGGAUGGUGGAUGCCUGGGAGAUGACUUUGGCCCAUCAGCUGCCACACAGAUUUCACCCACAACCUCCCAUAGUUGGAAAUAUGAUUAAUGUUUUCUUGUCCUACAUAUGUCCUCCAUAG